UGUUGAAUGCCUCUCAGAUGUCAGCCCUGUGCCGGGGAGCUCCAACGCCUGGGAAUCCCCAGUCUAGCAGAGGAGGCAAGUGAUCCUCAAAAGGUGACUCUGUUUCUGGGAGGUGGAUUUGAGGCUGAGGAGUGAUCUUCUAGCUCCAGCCCUGGAUGUGUCCUCCCGCCAUGGCCGCCACCACCUCUCCUCUGCCACCCACCGCCAAGGUGGCCAGUUCUGAGAACAGCAGCUCCUUCUAUGACUAUGAGUACUACCUGGACGACGUGGCCUUCAUGCUCUGCAGGAAGGACGAGGUGCUGUCGUUCGGCAGAGUCUUUCUGCCCCUCUUCUAUGGCCUGAUCUUUGUGCUGGGCCUGGGCGGGAACCUCCUUCUCCUAGUGGUCUUGCUCCGGUAUGUGCCUCGAAGGCGGAUGACCGAGAUCUAUCUGCUGAACCUGGCCAUCUCCAACCUCCUGUUUGUGGUGACGCUGCCCUUUUGGGGCAUCUCUGUGGCCCGGCAUUGGGUCUUUGGGAGUUUCUUGUGCAAGGUGGUGAGCACCCUCUACACCGUUAACUUCUACAGUGGCAUCUUCUUCAUCAGCUGCAUGAGCCUGGACAAGUACCUGGAGAUUGCUUGCGCUCAGCCCCACCACCGGCUGAGGACCCGGGCCAGGAGCCUGCUCCUCGCAGCUGUCGUGUGGGCUGUGGCCCUGGCUGCCUCCGUCCCCGACAUGGUCUUUGUGAGGACGCAUGAAAACGCCCCAGGCGUGUGGGACUGCUUUGCGGAUUUUGGGGGGCAUGGGACCAUCUGGAAGCUCUUCCUCCGCUUCCAGCAGAACCUCCUGGGGUUUCUCCUCCCCCUCCUUGCCAUGAUCUUCUUCUAUUCCCGCAUUGGCUCUGUCCUGGCCAGGCUGAGGCCCCCAGGCCAGAGCCGGGCUCUGAGGAUGGCCAUAGGCCUGGUGGUGGCCUUCUUUGUGCUGUGGUUCCCAUACAACGUCACCUUGUUUCUGCACUCGCUGCUGGACCUGCAAGUCUUUGGGGACUGCACGGUCAGCCAGCGCCUGGACUAUGCGCUGCAGGUGACAGAGAGCGUCGCCUUCCUCCACUGCUGCUUCACCCCCGUCCUCUAUGCGUUUUCCAGCCGCCGCUUCCGCCAGUACCUCAAGGCUUUCCUGGCCACUGUGCUCCGACGACACCAGGCUCCUUACCUUGCCCAGGCCCCACCGUCCAGCUAUUCUGAGAGUAGUAGGCUCAGUGGCCAAGAAGAUAUAACUGGCAUGAAUGACCUCGGGGAGAGGCAGGCUGAGGACUCCCCCAACAAGGGGGAUGCGGGGAAGAAUUCAGCCUGAGUGGCCACACCGCCGUCCAUGAGAGCAGAUGGGACCCAGCUCAGCUGCGCAUCCACCAAAGCCCUCGCUUCAGAGGUCUCAGUGACCGUGUUGCUAACCAGUCAGUUCUUGGUCCUCAGCCAUCAGCAGCGUUCGCUCUCUCCUGUCUUCUCCCUCCUCUUUCUCCACUGCCUUCCAGGACGCCACACUCGCUGGCCUGAAUGGCUGCCACAGUUUCCCAGCUGUCCCCUGUGCUUCCUAUCCUCGUGCUCUCCUGUCAUCUAACCUACACCCAGCAGCCAGAGUAACCACAACACCCUCAGCCAUCUCUCCCAUCCCCCUCAGAGCAGCCCGAGGCCUGCCACCCACCAGACUGCCGCCUUCCCUGUGGCUCAGCUGGGGGAAUAUUAUUGCAAGAUUGUUUACUAUCACAGCCUUGAUGGUGGCUCCGGGGUCUGGCAGUCAGGAGGGGCUGGAGGUGCUCCACACGUGGGAGUCUGCGGGUGGGAGGCAGAGUGAACACGUGUUCCUGGUGGUCCAGGAGCAUCUGCCUCCCUCUGCCUCCCACGCCCCCUCUCAGGAGCCUUCAGGGCUCCCUAGACCCUGCACUAUCAAGUCCAGAACCUUUGUCCAAUUUAAGGCUGGAGCUUUCACAAUUAGAAUCCCAUACACCGUUUCACCCUUGUACUCCUUCACCUCCCUUUUCAUUUCCUGGUUGCCACACCCAUUGUUCUUUCCUGCACGUUCCCAUCUUUGCUUUUGCGCUUUCCGGUUCCCUUAUGGAACAGGGAUCAUUUUCCAGCCAGGUAUCCCCUCACCCUUGUUGUGUAACUGAAUCCUACUUGCUCUGGGAAAUGACUCCGGGGUCACUCUGCCCUGUGCUUUGGGUGGAGGUUGGGUAGAGCAUGGGUCUUUGACCAGUGACGACCUUAUGUUUUCCUGGCACAGUGAUUCAUUUAUGGAUGGGCACAUGACCCAGGCAGAGCUUGUGAAAUGUAACUUGACUAGAGCAUGCUAGAACAGAGGCAUGAAACUGAAGCCAAGGGGAUGUGAGGUCUGGAGCUGCUCCUUCAUUGGCUCGAACUUCAGAAGGUGAGGUGACAGCAGUGAGUGAGCAGAUCCUGGGGGCAGCGCUCGAGCCCUAGAAUCAAGGCACGGCUGAAGCUCAUCCCAAGCCUGGACUUGACGGUGACACGAACCAAUAAAUUCCUUUCCAGUU